CAAUCAGAUACUUUCUUCAGACGAAGAAAUGAUGCCAAAUCUUACAGACCAGGAAGAGAGUAUAGAACCUCUACAUGGCGUUCAGGGCAGAACACAUACUUUAAAUCUCCCAGAGUUAAGCAAACUAAAUCUCCCAAGUCUACAGCCAAAACACAAUGACGGUUCGGAUGUCCAACCUCCAGUGGGAGCAAGAUUAUCGGCCUUUCAGGAGGUCUGGACAACAGAAAUUCAGGAUGCAUGGGUGAUAUCCAUAAUUCUAAGAGGGUACCGCCUAGAAUUUCGUCAAAAGCCUUUGCUAAAUCAUUUCGUUUCUACCAUUCUACCUCGCGAUUCUCAAAAAAGAGAUUUUCUUUUCCAUUAUGUCCAGCAGCUCAUGCUAAAACAGGCAGUCACCCUAGUCUCACCUCCAGAGCAAGAAAGAGGAUUCUAUUCUCCCCUCUUCUUAGUCACAAAAGCUACGGGAGACCUACGUCCCAUUUCAGAUCUGAGGAUGCUAAACAAGUUUUUAAAAAAAAAAAAAAAAACAGACUUUCAAGAUGGAAACCUUAGCAACGAUAAAGUCGAUGAUUCGUCCGGGAGACUGGAUAGCCUCUCUGGACCUAAAAGACGCUUAUUUACAUAUUCCGAUUGCUCUGGAGCAUCAAAGAUUUCGGCGGUUUUGUCUAAAAGAUCAGCAUUAUCAGUUUCGCUGUCUUCCAUUUGGGCUGGCAACCUCGCCCAGAACCUUCACGAAGGUGCUGGUUGUAAUCAUAGCCAAGUUGAGAGGAUAUGGAAUACAAAUUUAUCAUUACCUCGACGAUCUUCUUCUGGUGGCAGCAGAUCCAACAAUCUUACGUUCCAAUCUUCAGAGGACCAAAGAAGUGUUGGAGAGGUUCGGUUGGAUGGUGAAUCUAGCCAAAAGUCAAGUGGUACCUGCUCAGAGGAUGAUUUAUUUGGGAGCCCAAAUAGACACCUUGUUGGGAUUAGUAUCUCUACCGAGGAAGAGGAUAGACCACAUCGUGCUUCAAGUGACACAAUUCAGAAAGAAGUCGGCCACAUCAGCAAAGAAGUUCAUGAGUCUGUUAGGUCUCCUGACUUCAACUAUUGGCCUUGUCAGAUGGGCCAAAUGGAAAAUGAGACCUAUCCAAUUAUCCUUUCUGAGUCUAUGGAAUUCAGUGGACCAGAAUUGGUCACAAACAAUUCAGAUUACCCUAAAGUGCAAGAGACAGUUUCUCCCCCUGGAGAAUCCCGAGUGGAUAGAGAUAUACACGGACGCUUCAGGCCUAGGUUGGGGAGCACAUCUCCUCAAUUUUUCAUCUCAGGGGAGAUGGAGGGAAGACCUUCGAGAAUUCCGUCCAACAUCUUGGAGCUCAGAGCAAUUUUUCAGGCACUUGUCUCUUUCAGGGUAAUUCUCCAGGGUUCUGCUGUCAAGGUGAGGACAGACAAUGCUGCUGCAGCAGCUUACAUCAGAGAACAAGGAGGAACGAGGAGCAGGUCACUCCUCAGGGAAGUUGGUCCAAUUAUGGAGUGGGCUCAAUAUCAUCUCUUAGACUUGACAGCCCAAUAUGUUCCAGGUAAGGAGAAUGUGCAAGCAGACUGUCUCAGUCGGAGACUUUUGCUCAAGGGGGAGUGGGCAUUGAAUCCAGCAGUGUUCUCUUGGAUAAUCUCCGUCUGGGGUUGUCCGGAAGUGGAUCUAAUGGCGACCCAUGUGAAUGCCAAACUUCCAGUGUUCUACUCCAGAGUCCCCUCUCCAGGUGCAGCGGCAGUGGACGCUUUAUCGCAGAGUUGGGAAGGCCUAUUCGCGUACAUUUUCCCUCCGAUUCCUAUCAUUCUGAAAGUUCUGUUGAAAAUCCGGCAAUCCAAAAUGACGGUGAUUGCAAUUCUCCCAGAUUGGCCGAGGAGGCCUUGGUAUCCUUUGUUGAGAAGCCUCUCAGUAUCUUGCCCAUUACAUCUCCCACAGAGCAGGGAUUUAUUGAUUCAGGGCAGAUGGGAACAUCCAGAUCCAGCAAGUCUCAAUUUGAAGGCCUGGAAGUUGAGAGGAGGAUCCUAAGGGAGUUAGGAUGCUUGGAGGCGGUAAUUGAUACAUUGGUUAAGGCCAGAAAACACAAUACCAUGGGUAAGUACCAUAAAAUCUGGGACAUCUUUCCGUGCCUGGGCAGUGGAGAGAUCCUUGGAUCCAAUGAACCCUUCAGUGGGAAACAUUUUAGAUUUUCUGCAAGCCGGUCUUGAUAGGGGAUUGAGCUUAAGUACACGGAAGGGUCAAGUGUCCGCUUUAUCAGCAAUUCUAGAGAAGAAAUGGGCAAAAGACCCAUUAAUAAUAAGUUUUUUCAAGCAGUAAAUAGAGUUCGACCUCCAAGGAAAAGUACAUUUCCAGCGUGGGACCUUCCGCUUGUUCUGAAGGCACUGUCUUUGCCGCCAUUUGAACCUCUAGAUCAGGUAUCAUGUUGGUUCAUGACUCUAAAAACAUUUUUUCUAGUGGCUCUUACGUCAGCACGAAGAGUUUGUGAGCUUCAAGCUCUGUCAGUUGAUCCUCCAUACACCAUUUUUCAUGAAGGGAAGGUGGUACUAAGACCUGUUCUCAGUUUCUUACCUAAAGUUGUGUCUAAAUUCCAUAUUAAUGAGCCAAUCUGUCUCCUUAGAUUUUUCUACAGCUCAGAAUCAAUUAUCUACACUGGACGUGAAGAGAUGUCUUAAGACUUAUAUUGACAGAACUGAGGAAAUCAGAAAAUCAAGAAAAUUGUUUGUAAUCCCAGCAGGGAAAAGAAAAGGCGAAGCAGCGUCCAAAUCAACUCUGAGUGCUUGGAUAGUCAAGGUAAUUUCCAAAGCGUACGAACAACAGGGCAGGACACCGCCGGAAGGAGUAAGGUCUCACUCUACCAGAGGCUGGGAACCAGCAGGGAAACCCAUCAGUAAAGAUUUUAUGUUGACGAGGAGGAUGGCCAGGAAAAGAAAAUCUCUGUAAGUAUGAAAUGAUUUUCUCUUUUCCUGGCCUUCCCCCUUGUCAACAGAACCUGCCUUUGUUUUCUUGUUUCUCGCUUCUUAAUUGGACUGGAGCAGAUUGGGAAGCUUUAUUGGCUUGCAGUUGUAACCCUGUUUCUUCUGUCCAGGUGGUUUGGGGGUGGGGAAAUAGCCAUCAGUCUGUUUUGUUUUUUUCCCUUCAUGUGGUCAAGGAAGAUGGCCAGGCAAAGAAAAUGCCUGGCAAGUAGGCUAAUGUUUGUUUUUCUUUUCUCGCUGUUUCAAUCUAUCUAACAUGGGAAAAAAACAUACCCCGCCACAAGUACCCCAGGCGGGACACUGACCCACCAUCCCUGCUGACCAUUUUGGCUGACAGUUGUCCACAGUUCAGGAUGAAAAUGAUGUUUGCGGCGAGAAAGGUUUCCUGAUGUUGUGCCGUUUAUUGUUAGAAGAGUCACCUGAUGUGUCUAUGGCGGAGCACGGUUUCCAGACCUGACGAAAGCUAAUAAACCCUUGCCGUGCUUUU